AUGGGUGUAAAGUCUAAAGCUAAUAAGGCUCAUCUCAGGAAUAUUCAAUCUGCACUUUCCAGGUCCCACAAAGCCACAGUCAAAGAUGUCUCUGACUUGGAGGAGGAGCAUUACUUUGCAGAGCAUAUUUUUGGACCCAGAGCCACAAACUUAACAGCCAAGGAAGAAUCUGAUGAUGACUCUUAUAUUGAGCAGCCUGAUGAAGGAGAAGAGGACAAAGAUAAUGAUUUACAGGAUUUUAUUAACAGGAUAGAUGUUUUUGGAGAUGAGGACCUCUCCAGCUGCAGUGAUUCCAAGGAUGAUAUGGAGUUUAGUGUGGAAGAAGAGGCAGAAAUACAGGAUGAAGCAACACUGCUCACAUUCUCAGAAAUCCUCUUUCAAGCACAGAAUACUGCUGCUGAAGGGAAAAGACAGAGGUCAAAAGAUACCAGAAGGUCAAAGCAUUACACUGGAAACUCAACAUGGACUCUAUGA